AUGCGUAGAGACCGGUCGAGGUCGAGCUAUCAUUUCCGAGUUCGGUCUGUGCAGGCAAGUGAGCUAACACGACGCCUCGUCCUACAUCCAUGGCCCAGCUCAACAAAGCGAGAUGGCAUCGAUGCGGUUGAACACCUUCCAUACUCGUUGCACGACUGUGUGACUUGCGACGCGCCAGUCAACCGCUUUAUGCGCUGUACUGACUUCUCGUGCAUGACUCUUCUCUGGCAUCGGCGAUGUGGAAUCACUCUCCUGUUCCUAUUACAGCUGACUCUGAUCCAAGCAUUGACUCCCGAGCAGUCUGAGCAGAGCUUGAAACGUUGA